UCAUUGCCACCACCUCCUCCCCACCGCAUAUACCCACCAAUCAUGGCAAGCAGCAAACCAAACAAACUCGCCUUCUUGUCCAUGCCAGCGCCGGCGGCCUACGUCGCCGGUCUGGGGCGUGGUGCUUCUGGCUUCACCACUCGUUCCGACAUCGGCCCCGCGCGAGAAGGACCCACGCCAGAACAGAUCGCUGAAGCGCAAGCUCGGCGGGGUGAAGAGGAAGAGGGUGGAGAUGAGGCCCAGUUCCAGGACCCGGAUAACGAGGUGGGGUUGUUUGCUGGAGGAGUAUACGAGGCAGACGAUGAGGAAGCCGAUCGGAUAUGGGAGGCGGUUGACAAGAGAAUGGACAUGCGCAGGAAAGUUCGCAGGGAAGCGCGCGAAGCAGAAGAACUCGCAAAGUUCCGCAGCGAGCGGCCAAAACUCCAGCAACAGUUUACAGAUCUCAAGCGCGGUCUUUCCAGCGUAUCUGACGCUGAAUGGGAAAACCUUCCGGAAGUGGCCAACCUCACGGGCAAGAAGCGAAAAUUGAACACGCGCGAGCGCACGUAUGCCGUCCCUGAUAUCGUCCUACUAGGCAAUAAGGACAGGAACGAAGUCGUCAAUUCCGUAAAUGACGCGGACCAAGCGGGUGCUGACACCCCGGGAGGGAUGCAGAGCUUGGUCGACAUCGGUGCGGCGAGGGACAAGGUGUUAUCUUUGAAGCUGGAUCAGGUAUCAGGCACAGCGACGACCUCCGGACUCUCUUCCUCUAUCGACCCUAAAGGCUACCUCACGUCACUCGACUCUCAAAUCCACAAGACCGCAGCCGAGAUCGGCGACAUCAAAAAGGCACGCUCCCUGUUCGAGUCCCUCAUCAAAUCGAAUCCGAAGCACGCACCCGGUUGGAUUGCCGCCGCCACACUAGAAGAACAUGCGGGACACAUGGUGAAAGCCCGUCGGCUCAUCAAGCAAGGGUGCGAACAAUGUCCAAAAUCCGAGGACGUAUGGCUCGAAGCGGCCCGUCUCCACACCCCCGCAGACGCGAAGGUCAUCCUCGCAGAAGCGGUGCAGCAUCUCUCGCAAAGUGUACGCAUCUGGCUCACCGCCGCAGACCUGGAGCAAGACGUGCAGGCGCGCAAACGCGUGCUGCGGAAGGCCCUCGAACAUAUCCCGAACUCCGUUCGUCUGUGGAAAGAGACUGUAAACCUAGAGGGCAACCCUGCAGACGCACGCGUCCUCCUCGCCCGCGCCGUCGAGCUUAUUCCCUCCUCUGUCGAGCUCUGGCUGGCCCUAGCCCGGCUAGAAACCCCCGCCAAAGCCAGGCAGGUGAUCAACCGCGCGCGCUUGGCAGUACCCACCAGCCACGAAGUGUGGAUCGCAGCGUGUAGGCUGAUGGAGCAGGAGGGAGAAGAACAGGCCGCAGUGGACCGGAUGAUGGCCCAGGCCGUUUUACGUUUGCGAAACGCCGGGCUUGUGCUCAAACGGGAUAUGUGGCUGGACGAAGCAGACAAGGCUGAAGCCGAGGGCGCGCCAAGAACCUGCGUCGCUAUCGUUCGCGCUACAGUCGCCCUCGAGGUGGAAGAAGAAGAGCGGUACGACCGUUGGCUGGAGGAUGUCGAGGCCUUCCUUGAGAAGGGUCGUGUGGAAUGCGCGCGUGCCGUCUUAGCCUACGCGCUCAAGGUCUUCCCCGACCGUCCUAGUCUGUGGAGGCGCGCCGCCGACUUGGAGAAGGAACAUGGCACGCGCCAGGCUCUAGAGCAGAUCCUUGCCGAGGCAGUCAGGUACUGUCCCCAGGCAGAGGUGCUCUGGCUUAUGGCUGCAAAGGAGAAGUGGCUCGCCGGGGACGUACCUACCGCCCGGCGUGUGCUCGCUGAUGCGUUUGCUGCCAACCCCCGGAGUGAGCGGAUCUGGCUCGCCGCUGUUAAACUUGAGGCGGAGAACGGAGAGGUUGACGUUGCCCGCCAAGUCCUGGAGAAGGCGCGCGCUGAGGCGGACACGGAGAGGAUAUGGAUGAAGAGCGCCGUGUUCGAGCGGCAGAAUGGGAACACACAGCGCGCACUCGAAAUCGUCGAUGCCGCCCUACGGAAGUACGACACGUUCGACAAACUCUAUAUGAUCAAGGGUCAGAUCUACGCCGAUGACCUCGGCAAGAUCAAAGAGGCAAGGGAGACCUAUGAGCAAGGGCGGAAGAAAUGCUCUAAGAGCAUCCCUCUCUGGAUUCUCUCUUCCAUGCUGGAGGAGCGUGCGGGCAUCACAAUCAAAGCGCGAAGCAUUCUCGACCGGGCGCGACUAGUGAACCCGAAGAACGCCGAGCUAUGGGCGGAGAGCAUCCGUAUAGAAGAGCGCGCAAACUUGCAAGGCCAAGCAAAGACUCUUCUUGCCAAGGCGCUCCAGGAAUGCCCUUCGUCUGGUCUCCUAUGGUCUAUGGCCAUCUGGGCUGAGCCCCGGGCGAGCCGAAAACGUGUCUCCGUCGAUGCGAUCAAGAAAUGCAACGAUGACCCACAGGUCAUCCUCUCCGUCGCACGGAUGUUCUACUACGACAGGAGCAUCAUGAAAGCGCGCCAGUGGUUCGAGCGGGCGGUCACGGCCAGCCCUGACUUGGGGGACGCCUGGGCGUGGUAUGUCAAGUUCGCGCGACAAUAUGGGACAGAGGGGGAGUCGAAUCCAGAAGCGAUUGAACGUUGUAAACCCGAAUCUAUCGUGCAGCGUACUAUUACUGCCGAGCCACACCAUGGUUCGGUAUGGCAGUCGAUAGCAAAAGGCAUGAAGAACGCGAGGAAGAACACGGCGGAGAUAUUGGAGCUGGCUGUGGCCAGUUUAGACUAGUGUCCGCUCACUCUAUCCAAGUUUUCGGUAAUGUGUAUU